GCAGCAAAUAAUGAGCAAAGCAAAAGUCCACAGCAUGUGUUACGCCCCCUCGAUCAGCUGUGACGCAAAACCUUAACGAGCUGUCCGAGUAUCGGGCGCAAGUCGGGCGGCAGUCGCUGGUCGGGUCGCGUGAUAUGAUGUAGCCCAAGUUGUGGUCAAUGAGAGAAGAAUAAUAAUUAGAUUUUGUUGAACUGGAGUUUGGAAAGCCGAAAGUCACGAAAGCCAAUUGUGCGUUUUUUGAUGUUUUAAAUCAAAUCCGUCGAGAGGGGCAGGGGCAGGUCCUGAUGGUCCAUAAUAUGGACGAGGCUAGUGUUUAUUUGUGGGAGUGGGCAUGGGCGCUUGUGCUUUUGCUUGGGACCUACGCUUCCCUUGGGCUCAUUCACUAUUGGACUCGAAGAGGGACACCUUGUCCGGUCCUUGAAAAGGCGCAAAGGGUGCUCUUAUUGACUGCCCAUCCAGAUGAUGAAUGCAUGUUUUUUGGACCCACAAUAUUAGGCAUUUUGGGACGUGGAAAGUCUCCCAAGAGACUGUUCCUCGUCUGUCUCUCUACAGGGGAUCAAGAAGGGCUUGGCGCCCAGCGAAAGCAAGAGCUGAGAAAAAGUUGCAAGGUGCUGGGCAUCAAAGAAGAGGAUCUUUAUAUUUAUCAGAGCUCUCGACUAAAAGAUGGCUUUGAGCAUGACUGGCCUGUCGACGAAGUUGCCUCGAUCGCUGAAAGGCACAUCUCGCAACUAGGAGUUGACCUCGUUGUGACUUUCGACAGAUACGGGGUCAGCGGCCACCCCAAUCACCAAGCGCUUUUCUAUGGUGUGGCAGCCCUUCAUCUCAAGGGCAAAAUACCCAAAGGUGUCGAAGUUAUGUGCGUCGAAUCUGUGAGCAGAUUGCGAAAAUAUGUUGGCCCAUGUGAUAGCUUACUCUCCAGUGCGGUCGGAAACCACCAAGUGGUUUUGACUCCCGCCGAAAGGAAGCGCGUCCUGGACGCAAUGUUUUGCCACAAAAGCCAGAUGGUGUGGUUCCGAAGACUGUACUUAAUAUUUAGUCGAUACACUUUCCUCAACACGCUUUCACCUAUCCAUGCAGAGGCGCUGGAGCUGUCUCUCGCAUUGGACUAGUAUUGCCUUUGAACAGACUGACAGUGCACCACACAAUGUUAUCUUUGCCGAUUUUUCUUUUUUUUUAUAUAUUUGAUCCUAUAUAGUGAGCUCAAACUGCUGUAACGAACUGUUGACCUGCGUCUCUAAGGGGACUGCAAUAAUAAAUUUUCAUGUAAUUGCAUAA